GCAGCAGGUGCCUUUUCCUUUGGGGAUUGUAGUUCUAAAGACCCGAUGAAAUCAAUCCAGCACUGAUGUUUUCUUCUUAUGUAGUUAAAUUGAGAGGUUAUUACCAAAAGAGUGAAGUAUAAAAUAUCAAGUGUUAUAAGUAUUAUAACAUCCCUUUACAAAUGGAUUAUUACAUUGAAUCAUUAUAUUUAAAAAAAAAACAAAAACAGAUGACAUUUUUAAAAAUCCAGUUUACAUAUUUUUUUUAAUGCAUUCAGCAUUAAAAGCUAAAAUUUCAGAUGUGAUAUUCAGACUCUUUUUUCAAAGCCUGUUUGACAGCAGUUACAUUGUGGACAUCUUGGUUGAGUGUGUACAGACUCUUGGAUUUGGGAAGUUUCUCCCACUCUUCCUAGGAGAUCAUCUCAAGCUUGGUUGGGCUGGAUGGGGAGUCUCCUGUCCCUGGAGAAAUCGCUGUUGAACAUCUAACCUUCAAACUGUGGAUAUGCUUGGCUGAAAUCACCCUAGCAACCAUAUCUACUAGUUGAGGAAUGCCUCCACAGCAUGAUGCUGCCUCUACCAUGCAUCACUGCAAUGGUGGGCGUAUCAAGUAAAGAGCAGUGCCUGGUGUUUUUCCUGGAGUUCUGCCAGCGGGUAUAGUUUUUCUUGCAUCAGACAUGGCAGUAUGUUUCCUUGUGUGCUGCUCAUGGACUGUACAGCUGCUGUGAUGUCACUCAUUGGUUUCAGUCUCUAAGCUCCGAAGUAUCCGCCAUGUUUUGUUGGAGAAGAAUUCCACAUAUUUUGAGGCCCGAGGCUCCAGAAAGAUCAUAGACUGUAUGGAAGCAUCACACAGAUUAGUGUGAUGCUCAGUAACAUGCAAUUGAAAUUUUAGAGAAUCACUCAUUUAAACUGAAGUAUAAACUUUUAGGAUGGUAGGGUAGGUAUUCUGGACGAUGGCCGAGAGGACACCCUAGUUUGCUAUUGAGGCUGCAGAUGACUAGAUGACUAGAACUAUUCUACAUACAUGCAUUGACAGCUGUAGGGCCAAACAGGCAUUUCGAUAAUACUUAAACUCACUUGACUUUCAUUGGUCACUGGUACACUGGCAGCAGGCAUGUCAUACUUACUGAGUCCACUUUUCUCCUAGAAAUACUCAAAGGAAGGCGAGGAGAAGAUAACUCAACUAUGGAUUUCAUCACAGAACUCUCCAGAGAGCUCCUUGUCCUUCAUUUACUGGGAGUUGUGAGAUAGUCCUAAAUUUAGGAGUGUCUUCCUGUUUGUGUAUAGCAGCAGUGUGUAAUGAGGUCUUUCUGUCGAUAGAUGGCGCUGUUUGUCUGAUAAUUUGUGUAGUUAUCAGCCCUGCGUUCUCCUCAUUUAAGUUCCUGAUUUCAUUUAUGGUUCCAUCCACCUAUUUUUAAAGGUUGCAGUGAAAUAUAAAUUCAGUCUUUAAUGAAUCUGAUUAAAACUAUUUUUUUUUCUAUAGCUCACAAACACAAGUGAAUGAAUUAAAGAUACUGAAAAUGGUUCUGUAUGGGCUGUAAUCUGUGUGAAGUUCGAAUCCUGUGUGGAAACACACGUUUGAUGCUUUAAAUCUAAAACGUUUAAAAAUCUUUAGAAAGUAAUAAUUAAAAUGACUAAUUUCGGGGGUCUGACUGUGCGCGGUACCUCCGCUAAAGGGGCCGUUAUAAAACUUCCUACAUUUGGAUAUCAGGUGAUCACCCACACUGAAGGCUGUAAGUCAAAUAUUGCCAAGACCUGAGGGAGAAAAAAAAUUAUGCAACCGCUCCGGGGCCUCCGUGUUACCAUAAUAAAACCAUGUCCCACAGUCGUGGAUCUUUAGACGUAGUAAUAAUCCCUUGCGCGCUGUUGGUGGAAAUCCCCACGUGGUGUACGAAUUCCUGUAUAAAAACUUUGGGUGUGCGGAGCCCCUGUUGUCGUGAUUGCAAAGAGAGGAAAGGGUCUCACUGAGCAUAAUCUUGCAGGACGCACGGGAGCUUGCCACCCUCACCCGCGCACGGCGCACACACAAAAAGACUCGGGACUCACGGAGCGCUUGCGUUCUGCUUGAAGCUGCGGGACAGGAGUCUCCGCAGGCUGCUUGAAUGGAGAGGAGCCGCCUGUACGGGGUUUUAUUCACACUUGUGCUCUUUUGUUUUGGCAGAUUACGCGUCUGAACGCAGCGUGGUUUGACAGAAGCGCAUCAACAAUCAGAACUGUCGUGCGCGCCUCUUGGUUACAGAGAUGAACUUUUAUUUUGUUGCUGGAUAACGAGCUGGAAGCACAAUGACUGGAAUCGUUUAGUCUCCUGGAAUACAAACACAUGCUCAGUGGAUUUAUUCACUGGAUGAUUUCUCCCGGAACUUUAGUAAAUGAAAAGUCGCUUAAAUUUCGGUGUGCAUUUUUGAAAGAUUCACAAUUUCUUUCGUAGCGUUUGGACUGUAGAAUAAACUUUAAAAUGAGCUUUUAUAGUGUGGCACUGUCUUGUUUAGUUGCGUGCGUGCUGUGCGUGCGCAGCAGCUCGGUGACCGGGACAGAGACUCAAAGCUCACCCCAGGAGUCGUGCGCGUCCUGCGGCUUCAGGGGGCCGGAUCAGUCGGAGCGCAUGAACAUAGAUUUCCUGGAGGCGGUAAAGAGGCACAUACUGAACCGGCUACAGAUGAGAGAGAGACCCAACAUCACCCAUCCCAUCCCGAAGGCUGCGAUGGUGACGGCGCUGAGGAGACUGCACGCCGGCAAAGUACGAGAGGACGGCCGGGUGGAGAUCCCCAGCUUCGACGGGCAGGCUGCCUUCAACAACGAGGUUCAGGCGGAGACAUCUGAGAUCAUCAGCUUCGCAGAAUCAGAUGAACAAACACCCUCCAAAUCCAACCUGUACUUCCUCAUCUCCAACGAGGGAAACCAGAACCUGUACGUGUCCCAGGCCAACAUGUGGCUGUAUUUCCGUAUACUUCCAGGUGGUCCUCAGAAGGGCAUCAGGAGGAAAGUGACGGUCAAGAUCCACUACCAGGAGGCCACGGCUGUCAGCAGAAUGGAAGGAAGCCCAGGAGGUGGAGGCGGCGGAGGGGGAACAGGUCGCUGGGUUCUGGUGGAGAAGCGGGUGGAUCUGAAGCGCAGCGGCUGGCAUACGUUCCCGCUAUCUGAGGCGGUACGGGCAGUGUUUGGGAAGGGCAGCCGGAGACAGGACCUGGAGAUCCACUGUGAGGACUGUGAGACAGCUGGAGUGGCUCCUGUUCUGGUGGAUCCCAGUGACCCAUCCCACCGGCCCUUCCUGGUGGUGCGUGCACGACAGCUGGAUGGAAAGCACCGCAUUAGAAAGCGGGGGCUUGACUGUGAUGGCACCAGCGGGGGCUUGUGUUGUCGACAGCAGUUCUACAUAGACUUCCGGCUUAUUGGCUGGAACGACUGGAUCAUUGCACCAGCAGGUUAUUACGGUAACUACUGUGAGGGCAGCUGUCCGGCCUACAUGGCAGGCGUGCCGGGCUCAGCUUCAUCCUUCCACACUGCGGUAGUUAAUCAGUACCGCAUGCGGGGGAUGAGCCCGGGCUCAGUAAACUCCUGCUGUAUCCCCACCAAGCUCAGUACUAUGUCUUUGCUCUACUUUGACGAUGAAUACAACAUCAUCAAGAGGGACGUGCCCAAUAUGAUCGUGGACGAGUGUGGCUGCGCCUGAGUCCACACUGGCCCGUCAUUAUCUGGACUGUCAGGAAGGCCUUUUGUACAAACAGGAUGUUAUUGUACGGUACACAUAUAUAUCUAUACCUACUGUAUGUGCAAGCAACACACACUGGUACCAUCUAGCAAAAGCAAGUAUCACUGUUGUGUCCACGUGUGUUUGCACGUGUCAGCACAGGCGUGUGUAUUUAUCAGAGUGAGCGACACGCUUGCCGCCCGCAUUCUGCCCAUUCGUUGGUCAGCGGCGGCACGAGAAGGGAACGCUUAUCACCAAAUGAUACUUUUCUCUAGUUUGCCAUUUCUAGUUAAAAAAUAAUGGCCCGUCAUCUCCUCGUAAAUGAAGAUUUAAAACAAAACAAAACAAGCGCUUAAGGAAAGUGACAUGAUUGGCUUCACUGCCCACACGCCCCCUGCCCUGCUCCUCCAACCCUCUGAAGUACUCUGAGCACAUAACAGACUUGUGUUUUUACAAAGCACUGACAGUUCAUCAGCUUAUACAAUUCACCAGCACUUCCCUGCCAUGCAGACAGACUCAGUCUGGCUGUCCUCUCUGGUGGAGUUAAACUGGCAGCGCUUAAUGCCUUGCAGGAUUACAGCCUUCACAGCAGCGCAGCGGCAGAACAAAGUCCUCCACUGAGCCCCCACCGCCACCUCUGCAGCCGCCACUGCUGGCGUUAUUGUGGCCGUCACUCUUGUGUUGACAGAGAGAGAACUGCUUUCUCCUUCCCCCUGAGGCUCAGCAGAAGCCAGUCUGCAGACUUGGAGACUCUAGUUUUGGCCCAGUGGGUCACCACAGUGCAGUGCAGCACUUGCAGAAACUGAAAUGCACACCCUGAAUAGCACUUGUAUAAAUAAAUGCCUUCCAAGGGGUACUGAGUGUCCUGUCCUAUCGCUGAAUAAGUGCCACAUGAGCUAUGCAAUGUAUAGUAACCUAUACCCAUACUCAACAUGCUAUUAGACUGAAUCCUCUCCCCCUCUCUUUCUCUUCUUCUUCUUCUUUCUCUCUUCAGUCCUCAACUCUUUAUCAAUACUUGAAAUGUAAUCUUUCGCUUCCUUUCCAAAGCGAAUGAUUGUUGUGACGUUUGCACUGAAAAGUUGCGGAUUUAGCGAAACAAAAACUGCCAUUGAAAAGUUAUUUUUAUAGAAGUAAAUUUGAAUUUUGUUUCAGAUGUAUUUUAACUAAUUAAUGGAACCAAAGAGGCCACGAUUUUAGCUGUAGUGCUCGGACGGCAAGGCCGCCAGGUCACUGUGUAAAAUACCGUUUGUGAUCAUUUGUAAAAGGCCUACCACCGCAUCAGGGUACGACAUUUGAUUCUCCUGUCUUAGCUCUAUUUUCAUUCUCUGUUUUGUACAAUGAGCAACAUUUCAUUUUUCAUCUUUAAUUCUAUUUUUUGUUCCAGUUUUCUAUUUAAUAAGAAAAGCUACUUUAGUUCCUGUCUAAGAAACAUUUAGUCCAGUAAAUGUCAUCUGUACAGUUUAUGUAAAAUAAAAUGUUUUCUUAAAUAUUUUGUAACUUUAACUUCCUUUCUGCAUCAUGUUUUAAGUGUGACUGUUUUUGCCUAAUGACAACAUUCAUAAUAUAUUUUAUUAUUAUUAUUAUUAUUAUUAUUAUUAUUAUUAUUAUUAUUAUUAUUAUUAUUAU